UAAUAUUGAAUUUUUUAAUAAAAUUGAAAUGAGGUACAGCCAGACUUGGGUCAAGUUGGUAUUCUCUAUGGUGGUUUAUGUCCAUUUCGUAGCGGCUAAUGUGUACACAGUGAGGAUGUGGAGAGAGUUUAGUGGUCAUUUAGGUUAUUCCUACAUACACUUUGCAGUUUCAAUGUGAGUAAUAACUUAUGGAAACUUGAGAGUUACAGAAGAGAUUGUUCUCAAUAAAGGUAUGGAUAUUGAAGAUGUAUUCCAAAAUCACAGAACAGCCAGAGGACUGACGAAGGUCCUGAAGUGGGUUACCUUGUACAAUGUAAUUUUCCUCAGAGGGAGAAGGUUCAGAUGCCUUGUAAGAGCCAUUAGAAAAGCUGAUGGAAUGCUGGGAGGAAUCUAUAUACUUCUUUUUGUAGGAACUCUCUUCUUCAAUUUUUAUAUCAUCACAAGGUUUGAGAAUUGGAGAGACCUUGAAGUGGUUAUCAGCUAUCAGUACUUCUUCAUGAUAGUCGGGCUGAUGGAAAUGAUAUUUAUCCAGAAGGUGAUCUUCUUCAUCUGGUUAAUAAUCUUGUCUCCAAUAAUCUUAAUAGUCUUGAUGAUUUGUCUCCCUUUUGCACGCUCGUCAGAAGGAGAGGAUUCAUAUCCUGAAAAUGUAGAUAAUUCCUUCGAAAGUCAAAGAAAUCAGAUGAUUCAAGAUGUUCCCAUUAGAUUGAAUGAGAAUGGCCCUGGUGACCCUCCUGGUGUUAUUAGAAACAGAGAAAUGAAUAUUGACCAGUUCUUACAAAGAAUGGCAAAUGAAAUCGACUCUUUUGAGUUCAGCAGAGACUUAAGUCUAGAUCUACCAGAGCCACAGCUUUCAAGAAUUAGCUCUGUUGAUGCUCUUAAGCGAAUGAUGGAAAACUGGUCAAGAGAUUACCAAGAAAACGACAAACUUACAUGCCCUACAUGAUGAGUGUGCCUAGAAGACUUCAAUAUCAAAGAAACUAUAAUAGAGUUGCAUUGUGAUCCAAAACAUGGACACCUUUUUCACCCUGAUUGAAUUGAUUCAUGGUCAAAGAAAGAAAAGACUUGUCCUCUUUGAAGGAAGGAUUUCGUUGAAUUAAUUAAAAACUCAAUUAUCCAGAAAUAAAAAUAAAGAAGAAGAGAAGAAAUCAGAACUCAGCAGGAGGCUCCAGUCAGCUGAUCCUAUAGACUGAAGUGAGGUAUCAGAGGAAAGUAAAGAGCAGUAUCAAAGGAAUCAAACAAAUAGCUUCACAAUAAACCACGAUCAUGAAGCAGUGAGGAUGCCAAGAGUCUAUCGAAAUUAUAAUAUUCAAGGAAUGGAUGACUAUCAGGACUCUUUCCUCGAUUAGUAUGAUAAGGCUUGGUUUUAAGUAUGGGCAUACAUCUUCGGACCAUCUAGUAGCUUAUUUCUGACAAAAGUAUAUUCGAUAAACCUAAGAAUCCGGAUAAUAUUAAAUUUAUUGAC